CUCCCUCUCCCUCUCCCUCUCUCACUUCAUCCUCAUGGUCCCAUUCAUCAAUACAUGAAUAUGACCUCUUGAAACAUGCAAAAACCUGCCAUUCCAAACUUCAAACUUUCCUAUAAUAUUAACUUCCCCCAAUAUAUAACACUUGUUUAGCCUACUGCUGUUGUUGUUGUUGUUGUUCAAGUUGAAGUUGAAGUUGAAGUUGAAGUUGAAGUUGGCAGAUGGAUAUGUUCCCUUCAAACUUUGCUUCCAAAUUUAAGCUUCUCCAGUCCAACAAAGCAUGGCGGCUACUAAAAUCACCCUGUUUGAGGGAGCAUAUCUUCAUAGUUGUGCAACUUGGGUUCCUUGGACUCUUACUUUUUCAAUUUGUACGAAGAAUUAUCAGUCUAAUAAGCAGACAUGGAACAGAGUUGAGAGAUCAAGUUGCAGAGAAGUCCAACAUUAAUGUAAAGUUUAGCAUCUCUUACAAAGCCACCAUGGUUUGCUCCGCUUUACUAUUUGGCACUCAUUUCAUGAUGUUACUGAAUAUGCUAAAUGGUAGUGAGACACUCUGCAGCUCUCCUGUUCGAGCUUUUUCUUCAGAGAUUAUGCAAGUGGUUUCAUGGGCGAGUACAUUGCUUGUAGUAUACAAGAUUCCUCAUACUAAGUAUGCCAAGUUUCCUUGUCUUCUGAGAGCAUGGUGGUUUUGCAGCUUUUUGUUGUGCGUUAUCUGCACAGCUCUUGAUACCUAUUUCAGAAUUAUAAACACAAGUAAAUUCGGAAUACAAGAUUAUAUGGAUCUCAUUGGCCUCCUUGCAUCCACCUUCCUUUUUGGUAUAUCAAUCCGAGGGAAGACAGGCUUAGUUUAUAAUGUCUCUGGUGACAUAACUGAGCCGCUUCUCAAUGGAAAAGAUUCUAGACAUUCACAAUACAAAAGGGAAUCUCAAUAUGCAAAAGCGACUCUUCUCCAACUGAUUACCUUCUCCUGGCUCAACCCAUUAUUUGCUGUUGGAAUAAAAAAACCUCUUGAACAGGAUGAAAUCCCAGAUGUUGAUAUCAAGGACUCUGCUGGAUUUCUAUCUUACACAUUUGAACAGAACUUAAAACAUGUUAAACAGGAAAAGGAAAGCACAAACCCAUCUCUCUACAAGGCAAUGUUUUUGUUUAUUAGAAAGAAAGCAGCAAUUAAUGCACUUUUUGCUGUGACAAGUGCUGGAGCAUCGUAUGUUGGCCCAUACCUUAUUGACAACUUCGUAAAUUUCCUCAGCAAUAGGAAAAACCAGAGCUUACAGAGUGGGUACUUGCUUGCUCUCACCUUUUUAGGUGCCAAGAUGGUUGAGACAAUAGCACAGAGGCAAUGGAUCUUUGGAGCCCGCCAGUUAGGCAUUCGCCUAAGAGCAGCUUUGAUAUCUGAGAUAUACAAAAAGGGGCUGCAUUUGUCAAGCCAAUCCCGCCAAAGUCGCACCAGUGGAGAGAUUAUCAAUUAUAUGAGUGUAGAUGUCCAAAGAAUUACAGACUUUAUGUGGUACGUAAAUACUAUAUGGAUGUUUCCCGUGCAGAUAUCCUUAGCCAUCUACAUUCUGCAUACAAAUAUAGGUUUGGGAUCCUUGGCUGCAUUGACAGCAACUGCAACAGUCAUGUCUUGCAACAUACCUAUUACAAAGAAUCAGAAGAGAUACCAAUCAAUGAUCAUGGAUGCUAAGGAUAAUAGGAUGAAAGCCACUUCAGAAGUUUUGAGAAAUAUGAAGACGCUAAAACUUCAAGCAUGGGAUGAUCAGUACCUCCACAAACUUGAAAGUUUGAGGAAAGUCGAGUGCAACUGGCUAUGGAAGUCACUAAGAUUAGCAGCAACUUCAGCUUUCAUUUUCUGGGGAGCACCCACAUUCAUCUCUGUGCUGACUUUUGGGACAUGUAUUCUAAUGGGAAUUGAACUUACAGCUGGGAGAGUCUUAUCCGCACUGGCCACCUUCCGAAUGUUACAAGAUCCUAUAUUUAGUUUACCUGAUCUACUGUCAGUGAUUGCACAGGCCAAAGUUUCAGCAGAUCGGAUCGCUUCUUUCCUCCAGGAAGAUGAAAUUCAGCAGGAUGCUAUUGACUAUGUCCGAAAAGAGGAAUCGGAUUACGAAGUUGAUAUUGAGAAUGGUAAAUUUAGCUGGACUUCUGAGUUAAGCAGCCCAACUCUCGAUGGAAUACAGUUGAAAGUAAGCAAAGGGAUGAAGGUGGCAAUUUGUGGGACGGUAGGUUCAGGCAAGUCUAGCCUGCUUUCAUGCAUUAUCGGGGAAAUACAGAAGCUGGCAGGGACAGUCAAGAUCAGUGGUACAAAGGCUUAUGUUCCUCAGUCACCAUGGAUACUGACAGGAAAUAUCAGGGAAAAUAUUCUUUUUGGGAAUCAAUGGGACAGUUGCAAGUAUGACAGGACGGUUAAAGCAUGUGCCUUGACAAAGGAUUUUGAGCUGUUCUCCUGUGGUGACCUUACCGAGAUUGGAGAAAGAGGGAUAAAUAUGAGCGGAGGACAGAAACAGAGGAUACAAAUUGCCCGAGCAGUUUAUCAGGAUGCAGAUAUAUAUCUACUCGAUGACCCUUUCAGUGCUGUAGAUGCUCAUACAGGCUCCCAACUCUUUAAGGAGUGCUUGAUGGGACUUCUUAAAGACAAGACCGUACUUUAUGUUACCCACCAAGUUGAGUUUCUUCCAGCAGCAGACCUCAUUCUGGUGAUGGAGAACGGAAGAAUUGCACAAGCAGGUAGAUUUGAAGAACUUCUGAAACAAAAUAUAGGGUUUGAAGUUUUAGUUGGGGCUCAUAGCCAAGCUCUAGAGUCAAUUAUGACAGUUGAGAAUUCAAGCAGAACACCUCAAGAACCAACACCUGAAACUGAUUCCAGUAGUUCAAAUGCACAAGUUGAGCAUGAACCAGAAUCUACAGAAGAGAUAAAAGAAAAGGGAGGAAAACUGGUGCAAGAAGAAGAGAGAGAGAAAGGAAGCAUUGGAAAAGAAGUUUAUUGGUCUUAUUUAACUUCUGUGAAAGGAGGAGCACUAGUUCCAACCAUAAUCUUGGCUCAGUCAUCAUUCCAAGUAUUACAGGUAGCUAGUAACUAUUGGAUGGCAUGGUCUUCUCCACCUACAAUCGACACCCAACCAGAAAUAGGAAUGAAUGUAGUUUUACUUGUAUAUGCAUUACUUGCUGUUGGAAGUUCACUUUGCGUGCUGUUACGAGCCAUGCUAGUAGCAAUAACAGGACUUCGAACUGCCCAAAAACUAUUCACUGACAUGCUGCAUAGCAUACUCCGAGCUCCAAUGGCAUUUUUUGAUUCAACUCCAACCGGAAGAAUCUUAAACCGGGCAUCUUCAGAUCAAAGUGUACUAGACUUGGAACUGGCAACCAGAUUAGGUUGGUGUGCUUUCUCAAUAAUACAGAUUCUAGGGACCAUUGCAGUGAUGUCACAGGUAGCAUGGGAAGUGUUUGUGGUCUUCAUUCCGGUAACUGCUAUCUGCAUAUGGUACCAACAAUAUUACAUACCAACAGCCAGAGAACUGGCCCGCUUGUCAGAGAUACAAAGAGCUCCAAUCCUCCACCACUUUGCAGAGUCACUAUCAGGAGCAGCAACAAUUCAUGCUUUUGAUCAAGAAGACCGGUUCACAAAUUUAAAUCUGAGUCUGAUUGACAACUUCUCAAGGCCAUUGUUUCACAAUGUCUCAGCUAUGGAAUGGCUUUCUUUCAGACUAAAUUUACUGUCAAAUUUUGUGUUUGCCUUCUCAUUGGUUUUGCUGGUAACUCUCCCUGAAGGAAUAAUUAAUCCAAGCAUUGCAGGGUUAGCAGUAACAUAUGGAAUAAAUUUGAAUGUUCUGCAAGCUUCCAUUAUAUGGAACAUAUGCAAUGCGGAAAACAAAAUGAUCUCAGUAGAAAGAAUACUUCAGUACUCAAACAUAAAAAGUGAAGCUCCCCUUGUAAUUGAAGAGUGCAGACCUCCGAAUAACUGGCCAGAAGUUGGAUCAAUUUGCUUCCAAAAUUUGCAAAUCCGUUAUGCUGAACAUCUGCCAUCAGUGUUGAAAAACAUAUCAUGCACAUUUCCAGGAAGGAAGAAAGUCGGUGUUGUGGGAAGGACAGGGAGUGGAAAAUCAACCCUCAUACAAGCCAUAUUCAGGAUUAUUGAACCUAGAGAGGGAAGCAUUAUAAUUGAUGAUGUGGACAUUUCCAAGAUAGGGCUUCAUGAUUUAAGAUCAAGACUUAGCAUCAUUCCACAAGACCCAACACUCUUUGAGGGAACUGUUAGAGGAAAUCUUGAUCCACUGCUUCAAUAUUCUGACAAACAAGUCUGGGAGGCUCUAGAUAAAUGUCAACUUGGUGAUAUAGUGCGUGCAAAGGAAGAGAAGUUGGAUAGCACAGUGGUUGAAAAUGGUGAAAAUUGGAGUGUGGGGCAAAGGCAGUUAUUGUGUCUUGGAAGGACCUUGCUGAAGAAAAGCAGCAUUCUGGUACUGGAUGAAGCAACAGCAUCGGUGGAUUCUGCAACUGAUGGGAUCAUACAAAAGAUCAUUACUCAAGAAUUCAAAAAUCGCACAGUUGUUACAAUUGCUCACAGAAUCCACACCGUUAUUGAUAGCGAUCUUGUGUUGGUCCUUAGUGAUGGAAGGAUUGCAGAAUAUGACACACCAAAAAAACUACUAGAAAGAGAAGAUUCUUUCUUCUCUAAAUUGAUAAAGGAGUACUCUAUGAGAUCUCACAACUUCAACAACUUGGCGACGCCAUCAUGAUUAUCGUAAAAAUCUCCUGCAAAAUAUAAAAGAUUUGGUGGAUGGAUCAGCACGAUCGACAGCGCACCCUCCCGCCAGUCAGGGGUUUAAUAUUUUACGAUGACAAUGA